UAACUACUAACCUCUCUCUCUCGCCCUCUCACUCUUCUUCCCUUCGUCUUCGUCUUCUCCUUCUCUCGCAAAUUCCGUACACUUCUUCUUCUUCUUUUCUUUCACGUGAUUAAGCACAAUUACAAUUUAGGGUUCAUCUCUUCCAUGCCCAUCUGAUUUGAUCGAUGGAACGUGGAAACAUUCCGAAAUUUGGCAACUGGGAGAGUGAGGAGAAUGUUCCUUACACGGCCUACUUCGACAAAGCAAGGAAGGUUCGGACAAGUGGUGGCAAAAUGAUAAACCCAAAUGACCCGGAAGAGAACUCGGAUUUGCAUGCUCAAUCCCUUCCUCCUCCUGCCAGACCAAAACCCGAGCAAGAGGAACCUGUCAGAAGAUCACGUGAACAGAUGAGAAGCCGGGAAGACAGUGAGUUUAAGCAGUUUGAUAAUAGAAGACAGGGGAGAACUGCUUCUGAGAACAACAGUUACGAGAGAUCUCCGCUGCAUAACCAGACCAGGUCUCCCGGUAGGAGCAUUGGUACCCUCUCGCCUCUCCGGGAUGGGAGCAAAAAUUCAUACGACGGCCAUGGGAAAUCAAAGCCAAGAUCCAACAUUAGAGGCAAUGAAAGUCCUGAUAGAGGUACGGUCGUGCCAAAAUUUGGAGUCUGGGAUGAAAAUAACCCUUCAUCAGCUGAUGGAUAUACAUACAUAUUCAAUAAAGUACGGGAAGAGAAUUAUGAGGGAGUGGGAACAGGAUCUACAAGAACUCCAUCUCACCCGAGCAAGAAACCGCCUUCAGACAACACCAAGUGCUGCUGCUUUUUCUGGGGAGGAAAAUGAGGAGAAUUUUGGGUAAGGUUCUUGGCUCAGCUCAAGCUUAAGCCUCGAGUUUGUAUAUAGUAUCGAGAAAAUCGACGAAAAUGUGGUGGUAAUGAUAUCUGUUUAUGUCUACGUUGAAGCUGCUUCGGACGAAACAUAAAGAUUAGAGAAAUAUAUUUGUAUCUUUGUUGUUUUGCAUAGUCAUGUAAUUCUUUGGACAUCUCA